AUUUAAUUUAGGUGCCAGUACAAAGAAAAUGUUACAGAGAAGAAAUGGCAACCCAAAAGCACUGCCUUGGUGACUACUGACUAGAGAACACUAGUUGGGUUUAAUAUAACCAGUAGUACUUUGAUGGCUUGGAACAACGGAAUCAAUCUUCUUCUCUUGCUUCUGCUGCUUGCCCUCUGCACUCUCCCUUCUUUACAGUUGCAGAGUCAAGAGAGGAAAGGUGAUUUUGAGAAAUGGUUAUCAUGGAAUGUGAGGGACCAUCAGAAGAAGACCACUCUUGGAGCAGAGGCCACCAGUAGUACUGGUCGACGAGGAGCACGGCCCGCCGCUGACCUCAAGGGUUUGGAUACGAAGCUGAAGAAGGCCGAGUUGAAUAAAGUGAGAGUGAGAGUUAGUCAAGAUGGGACUGGUGAUUACUCUAGCAUCCAGGAAGCUCUUGAUGACAUCCCAUUAAAGAACACCAGAAGAGUCAUCUUGGAAAUAAACCCAGGUGUUUAUAGGGAGAAGAUUUUGAUCCCCAGGUCACAACCUUUUAUUACAUUUCUGGGGGAUUCAGCCAAUCCACCGACCAUAACCGGGAAUGACACGGCUUCAGGAACUGGAAGAGAUGGCAAACCCUUGAAGACCUUUCAGAGUGCGACAGUGGGCGUCAAUGCCGAUUAUUUUGUAGCUAUCAAUAUAAUAUUUGAGAAUACGGCUCCACAUGAUAUUGGAUCAACCGGAGAACAAGCCGUAGCCCUUCGCAUCUCCGGCAAUAAAGCUGCAUUCCAUAAUUGCAGUUUCUAUGGAAGUCAGGACACUCUGUAUGAUCACAAAGGCCUUCACUACUUCAACAACUGCUUCAUACAAGGCUCUGUAGACUUCAUCUUCGGAUAUGGGAGAUCCUUAUACGAGAAUUGCUAUUUGAACUCAAUAUCAAAGAAGGUGGCAUCUCUGACCGCCCAAAAGAGAACAAACAUCUCCUUGUCUAGUGGCUUUUCAUUCAAAGAUAGCGUUGUCACAGGGAGUGGCCUAGUGUAUCUGGGAAGAGCAUGGGGCGAUCGUUCCAGGGUUAUCUUCUCUUAUACAUACAUGGACAAAGUUGUUUUGCCUCAAGGAUGGAGCGACUGGGGCGAUCAGAAGCGAGAGUCAAGUGUGUAUUACGGAGAGUAUAAGUGCAGCGGACCGGGUGCCAACUUGACUGGAAGAGUGCGUUGGGCCAGAACACUAACAGAUAAGGAGGCAAAGCCUUUUAUAGGGGCGUAUUAUGUGAAUGGAAAGACUUGGCUCCUUAGCCCCCAAGAAUUUUUGGGCUUUAAUUAAUUUCUGCUUUCAAUCUAUAAAAUUGCCAGAAAAAGACAAACUUCUUUCGCUUAAUCUUCAUUUGAUUCAUGUAUGGAAUGUAACUCUUGUCCUAAUUUAAUAAAUUGCAAAGAAUUUCCUGCAUUG